AUGAAAACACAGAUUUAUCCUUUAAAGCUACCCUUCAUCUCUGAAUCCGACAGUGUGCGUAAGUACCUGCUGAUGCUGGACGUGAGGAAGGACCAUGUUAAGUUCUGGAGGCCUCAGGUCCUGCUGAUGGUUUCUAACCCUCGCAGCAGUGUGGGCCUCAUCAAAUUCGUCAACGACAUCAAGAAGAGCGGCCUCUACGUGUUGGGACACGUCCAGCUUGGAGAUCUCAGUGGGAUGCGUCCUAACACCCUCGUCCUUGGUUUCUAUGACGACUGUCUUCCAAAGGACAAGCUGAUUGAUCCGUCGCUCUGUACCAGUCAGCCCAGAGAUCCCUCGGGCUCCUUGGAUGAGCUAGAGCAACAGCCCCCUCUCUUCCACUUUGCCUCGCUGCGGGGGUCCAGCGACAGACAGGAUUAUGGUCCUCUCGCCGCCCUCCUCCUCUCCAGGAAGGGAGCUGUGUACGUUGACGUCUGGCCGGUCAACCUCCUGCGCCCGGACAGCAGUAGCUACGUCGAUACCUGCUCUCUGUUCCUGCUACAGCUAGCGUGUAUCCUCAACAUGGUGAGAGCCUGGCGCAAAGCCACGCUCCGUCUCUUCCUGUGCGUGGAGGAAGGACGGAGCGUGAGAGGCUCAGAGGAGAAGCUGGGCCAGCUGUUGAAAGAGCUGAGAAUUAAAGCUCAGGUCUACUCUGUGCCGUGGGACCAGCAGGUGGCGCUACACUGGCAGCGCCAGGGCGAGUGGGGCAAGAAACAGUCGUCGCAAUCCCUUGAUAGCGCUAAAGAAGAGGAGAAGCAGAGACCAGAUGAAGAAGAGGAGAACGAUGAAGAUUACGUUAAUAGCUUCCCGAGCAACGCCACGCGCCUGUCUAAUGACUACCUGUCAGCUGUCAAUAAGCUGAUCCUGGACCCGGCUCGGCCCGCCCCUGCUGUGCGUUUCUUGUACUUACCCCGUCCCCCAGCUGACACCCGCCGCUACACCACCUACUUGCACCAGCUGGACCUGCUGACUCAGGACCUGGGCCCCACGCUGCUCAUCCACGGUGUCACACCUGUCAUCACCACUGACCUUUGAACAAUCCCCUUCCUGACACAUUCAGGGAAGUGUUCCUUUCGAUUGCUGAGGGCUGCUGAGUUUAGCAGAAGCUUCUCUCUGAGAGUGUGUGGACCACUCCUAGUGCAGCAUUACUGUAGACCUCAGCAGUGCCCCGACACUGGCCUCUCCACCCAACGACAGACUGGGGAAGAGAAAACAGCCCUUGAAAUUUCAACCCAUACAGUGAUGUCACUGCUGACUCAUUGAUACCACCUGCACUGCCUCGCACAAUAUCUGGCACUAUAGCUCUAGAGCCUAUUUUAGAAUAUUGAAAAUGAAUACUUGGUAAUCACAAAAUCCUGACUGGCUACAUAUUUAACCUUUCUUUCGUUUUUUUGUGUUGUCAGCUUGUAGUUCUGGUAUUCCCAUCAAGCUUCUGAAGGCACCAUGAUUUUGAACUAUUAUGUCAACCUUGUUGCAAUUUACACAUAAAACAAUCAGACUGAUUGAAUGUACCCAAGUAAAGCUAAUCACUUUCCAGACAAAUUUACAACCUGCCAAACACAAGCCACUCAAAAGCAGUAUCAAAUGGUCAGGCCCCCAGGGGAACAUUUAGAUUGCCAAUCCGCCUCUGUCCCUCCAUCACUUAGACCUACUUCUUCAUCUAUCUACGAUAGAGAGAGCGGUCUAAUUCCUGAUACAUUCUAACCUGAAUUUGAAGUAUUCUCUGACUCCCCUGUUCCUUUUCUUGAAAUGUUUUCGUGGUGUGCUGCUGCUCAAAUUCCUUAAAAUGACCAUUUCAUAUGCCUUGA